AUGGUAGAGCCUGAUGAUGUCUGUAAGAAACGUAAUAGGAUACCUACAGAUCCUAACAUGAGGAAGUUGUGGUUACAUGCUAUAAGAAGAGAAAACUCCCAGUACAACAACGUGCCCUCCUGUGGAGAAGCUGUUGCCUCAGACAUAGAAAUAAUAGAGGACUCUUCUGUUGGUACAGUCAAAGUAUCGCUGGUCACUGGAGUCUCGGUAGUAGCAAGUGUGUCUAUUGUGGCAGAAGUUUCUGUUCCACUUACGAUUUCCGAUGUUGGGGGAUCCUGCAUAGAAAACGUCACAUUGCAAAACAAGUGCUGA